AUGGUUUCCGCUGCCUGGGAUUGGGCACGUGCCCGCAAUCUGAUCAGAGUCAACCCCAUCCACAAAGAGGAGGAGGCAAAAUUGAUUAUCUCUGAGAAUUUUGAGUUGGUAUCCGAAACCGGACAAGAAACAUCAAUGGCAGGCAGUCUGGAAAUGGAGGAUGACAGCGGCUUCCUGCUAGAUGCGGAUAUCCCUGGCAUCGAUGCCUCCAACGAGGAUAUCUUGGCUGCUAAUCGAGCAACCUCAGAUGCGAACUCGAACCCGGCUGUGGAUGUCGGCAAAGCUGCUUCUUUCAAGAUUGUGUUCCCAACAGUUUCGCAGAAUACCUCCCCGUCUACGUUGCUACCCAACUUCCUGGAAGUCCUUGGGAGAAAGGUGGACAGCUUGGAAGACCACCUGGAAGUCCUGCAGCAGUCCGAUCAGAGCCGAGCUAAGCUGCAUGAGCAGAUGUCCAUCAUUCUGCAGCAGAUGCAGGGCCACUACAAGGAGCUCACAAAGAAGCAGGGGCAAGGGAUUCUGGCCGUGCCGGACCAGGCAUUCAAUGAUGAGCUUCUUCGAUUGUAUGCCGAGAUUACAAAGCAGGAUGUCAUCUUGGGAAACUACCUGGUUCGGACCAAGUCGAUCGCAGCAUCCUGCAAGAGCUGCAAGAAGGGACCCAACUCGAAAGCCCCGCCAAAGCCGAAGAAGGUUAAGAAGGACAAGAAGGGCUCCGAAGAUGAAGAUUCAGGGGUUGCCAGCAACCUCGCAGAUGAGCUUAUGAUUGGCUUCGAACAGGGAAAGACAUUGCCAAUUGAUGUCAGCACGUUGCCUACACAAGUUGUGAUCCUGACUGGGAAACCGCGUGUUGAAACAGUUCAAUAUCCAGUGCUAUUCCUCUCCUCAUGGGCCCAGCAAAGCUUUAAAACUGGUGGACACUUGUUUCUUGGGGGUCAUGCCCUGGAUCAGUCAAAAGAGUUCCGCAAGAUGUUUGCCACUUUCUGGCAAAGGUUUCGAGUGCUCAGACCAGACUUAGAUAUCUACAAUCGGCCAGAUGUGGAUCUUUCGAUGUGCAUACCUGUGGCGUUUCACGGAGAUGAAGGUCGGGGGAAGCUGCGUCGCCCAGUGAUGAUUAUUAGCUACCAGUGCUUGAUUGGGCACUCUUUCAUUUCACGGCUAUUAUUUUCCGUGGCCCCUUCCGAAGUCUACCACAAGAAGAAGACAAUUGAUAUGUUGCACGAAGCCCUCACCCGAGACAUGCUGUCAUUGUACCAUGAAGGCAUCAAGGAGCCCUCUACUUGUUAG